CCCAGUUCUUCAAGUUUUCAUUUAUGGCCUAGGCAAGCUAUGCUGUUAUGGAGAAUCAGAGUUUGCAAGGGUUCAUAUCACAUUGAAAGAUAGAUUGACCUGCAAUACUCUCGCAGGAAAACCUUGUUGAUUCGUCUGCAAAGUUCCAGAAAUGGAGGACGAUGCUAAAUUUUUGAAAAGGAGAGUUAAAGGCAGAUCAAUUGAUGUGCAUCCUACAGAAAAUGCCAUUGUCGUUCAUUAUGAACUAGAGGCAACAAUCAUUGAUGGGGUUGGAGAUGCAAUGAUUGGGGAGAGACAGGCAAAGCAAAAAGUAAUACGCUUAAAAAGUUUAAAUCCAAACACAAAUAUUGCUGCUUUGGCAAAUGAAAUAGUUGAAAAAUGCAAAUUGAUACAUCCAAGUAAACUGCCUGAAGUAGAACAGUUGUUGUAUUAUUUGCAAAAGAGAUCAGAAAAGCAGAAGGAUACUUCUAGUGAAGCUUUAGCACCAGCAAAAAAGAAGUCCCAAGAUAUUGAUCCUCUGGACAGCAAUGAAUUUGAUGAAUCUGCAAAUUUAAAUGACAUUGAAGAGUACAUAGAGCUACUUUAUGAAGAUACCCCACAAAAAAUAAAAGGAACUGCUUUCAUUCUUCAACUGGCAAGGAAUCCAGAUAAUUUAGAAGAAAUUGCACAAAAUGAAACCGUUGUAAGUGCAUUGGCCCGAAUAUUGCGAGAAGAAUGGAAAGUCAGCACAGAGUUGACAACAAAUAUUAUUUACACGUUUUUCUGCUUCUCGAGUUUCUCAGAGUUCCACCCUGUAGUCUUAAGCCAAAAGACUGGCGCGAUGUGUAUGACCAUUCUUGACUAUGAACUAAAAAAGUACACACAAUGGACAGAUGAGAUUGAUGCAAAGCGUAAUGCACUUGAGAAAGAUGCAUCCACGAAAAAAGACUACGAAAGAAGCUACAAGAAAUACCAAACCCUACUGCAGAAGCAGGAGCAUCUUUUGAGGGUGACCGUUUAUCUGCUGUUGAAUUUAGGUGAAGAUACGAAGGUUGAAAUCAAAAUGAAAAAUAAGAAGAUUGUCACUCUGCUUAUGGGCUUGCUUGGUCGGGACAACUCUGAGCUCCUCAUUCUUGUCGUAUCGUUUCUUAAGAAAUUGAGCAUUUUCCAGGAAAACAAAAUCGAAAUGGCUGAAAACAACAUAAUCGAGAAGAUAGCAGCUCUUAUACCUCAUGAAAAUGAUGAUCUGCUGAAUAUAACCCUUCGACUGCUGCUAAACUUGACGUUUGACACUGAUCUUAGAGAGAAGGCGGUGAAAAAUGCACUUGUUCCUAAGCUUGUCUCUUUGAUACCUUCAGAGCAUCACUGUAUCGUAGUUUUGUGCAUUCUGUAUCAUAUAAGUCUAGAUGAUCGGUACAAGUCUUUCUUCAGCUAUACGGAUUGCAUCCCAGUGGUUAUGAAAAUGAUUCUUGAAUGCAAGUCAGAUCGUGUGGACAUUGAGCUGAUUGCUCUGUGCAUCAACUUAGCAUCGAAUAAAAGAAAUGCCCAGCUGAUAUGUGAAGGGAAUGGCCUUAGACUUCUAAUGCGUAGAGCUUUGAAGUUCAAGGACCCCUUACUCAUGAAGAUGAUUAGAAACAUUUCACAGCACGAUGGUCCAACCAAAAAGGAUUUCAUGAAUUACAUACCAGAUUUGGCCAACAUAAUAAAGAGCUACGGCGAUGAGGAAUUUGUUAUUGAGUGUGUUGGCAUUCUUGGCAACUUGAACGUUCCAGAUAUGGAUUACUCGGUGAUGCUAAAGGAGUAUGAUCUUCUUGCUUACAUUAAGAGCAAACUUAUCCCAGGUGCUGUUGAAGACGACCUUGUUCUUGAGGUGACAAUUCUUACUGGUACAAUCGCUAGUGACGAAGGCUGUGCUACGAUGCUGGCUAAAUCGGGUAUUAUCCAAGACCUUAUCGAGCUGCUUAGAGCGAAACAAGAAGAUGACGAAGUUGUGCUCCAAGUUGUCUUUGUGUUUUACCAAAUGAUAUUUCACCAGGCAACGAGGAACGUCAUUAUCAAAGAAACGCAGGCGCCAGCCUAUUUGAUUGACUUGAUGCACGAUAAAAACGAAGAAGUCAGAAAGAUCUGCGAUGGAACACUGGAUAUUAUAUCGGAGUGUGACGAAGAAUGGGGAAAGAAAAUCUUGAUCGAGAAAUUCAGAUGGCAUAAUUCACAGUGGCUUGAAAUGGUUGAAAAUCAUGCAGAAGAUGGCGAAGACGACCCGAAUAAUCUUCUUUAUUAUGAUGAUGAAAACCCAUACAACUCAGACAUCCUUGAUAGACCGGACUUGUUCUACGGACAUCCAGAAGACUUGCUUAAUGGUUCAAAUGAUGAUGAUUAUCCGUACCAAUCUUGGGAGGGAGGCAUCGAUCCACGUUAUGAGACUGAGUAUGGUAUGCCUCCGGACCCAUAUGAAAGACCGCGCACGGCGCAUGGAAGGCCAGACGGCGGAAUGUUCUAUGGUGAUAUGAUGAAUGAAGAUGAUGAAGAUACUGAUGAUUAUGAUGUUAGCGAUUUUGGCAAUAACGGACGGGACAUGGGGGGCAUGUAUGGAGUGCGUCCGGAAAAUAGAGGCGUCCCAUAUGGAUAUGGCAGGUACUGAGCAGAGAGAAGAAAGAAUGAAUUUAGAUACUGAGUGCAAGUAAUGUAUUUUUUCCGUAUUCAAAGGGAUACUAUACCCAGUAGCGGCGCCACGGGGGGACUGAAGGAGACACUCCCCCCCCCCCAAGUUCUCAGCAGAAUCGAUUUUGUAUUUCGUCUAAAUUCGAUGAGAAAAUGUUGGGGGAGGGGUAAUAAUUUGACACCGUACUUUUUGUGAUGUAAUCCAAUGAUUUUGAAACUGUCAAUUUUCAAACAAAAGUUAGUCGUAGGCGUUCCUUCGGAUGAAAUUGGCGUUCCCUGUUGAUAAAAGGGCGUUUUCUGGUGGUUAAAAAGGCGUAGCUUGAAUUUUUUGGUUUGUCCCCCCUCAGAGCUUAGUGGCUGGCGCCGCCAUUGAUAUACCGCAUUUAGUGUGUUAUAAAACAAAUAAGCCAUGCUUGUCUGGUUGUAAAUCUGGAAUAAUUGCACGAGCACACUUUAUUGAUAUUAAUAGAGCUCCAGAAUCUGUUUGAUGAUAAAAUUACGUUGUUCAUGAAUGCCAAAUUAAUGCUAUCAGCAUGUUGCAGGAUUUUCGGUCUUUGCGGACAUCCGCAAAAUUUUGAUCUCGUUGCAGAGUAUUUUGUUUGGUUUUCUAAGCGCUGCAGAGUAUGACAGUUUGCAAGACAUUGAGUAUGGAAUGUUUUUAAAAUGUGCAUGUAAGAUGAUAAUUGCCCAUUUUUUACCUCUUGGUUUGAAGUA